AGGCUGGAUCGGUUGUUUACCCUGCUGUCAGCGCAAUGAAGUUGUCAGAGAAGAAAUGACUAAGUCGAGGUUAUUUGAUCAGUGCCGAAACGAUGCGCUCGUGUGCUCUCAAUUCCUACAUGAUUCAAAUGCUGCAGCUGAAUCACCGUCACAGCAGAAUUUGUAUUUUCUAUGUAUUCGUUGCUCCAUCAAAGUUGUUUAUAGACGAGUGGGAAACCAACUACUGGAGACCAAAUCGUGAUCAAAACCUGCAUCAAUAUGCCAGUGUACCCUACCAGAGCACCGGAAAGAAGCCAAUCGACUAUGGAAUGGUUAGUGUUGUUGCCAGGACGCGAAUAGUCACUCUGCGACAGUAUUUUUCAAAUUCGUGGUGGGGGAUGAAUAUGGACUACGCGCAAACCUGAAAUACACUGUCGAUUUUGUCAGCUUAUGUAUUGGUAUGUACCACCCUCAUUUUUUGUUGUAAGGACUCAGUCUUGUUUAGCUAUUGUUGUUUUCUCGAAAAAUUGGCAUAUGAUGAACUUCUUGAGAUCAGUGAAUUUGGGAUUAUCAUAAACAU